CGGAAGCUCGGCCCAGCUCUCCCGCCCUUAGCAGGGCUGCGACGCUCCCCUGGACCCGCGGCGUCCCAGAGGGCCCGCGGCCGAGCCUGCCCCGCGCAACCUUGGGUGUGGGGCCAUGGACACCUUCAUCCGCUUCGCCAACCAGACCCAGGGCCGGGACCGACUCUUCAGAGCCACUCAAUACACAUGCAUGUUGCUUAGAUAUUUGUUAGAGCCCAAAGCUGAUAAAGACGUGCUAAUGAAGCUCAAGAAACUGGAGUCUAGUGUGAGCACUGGUCGUAAAUGGUUCCGGCUAGGCAAUGUGGUCCAUGCUGUCCAGGCAACCGAGCAGAGCAUCCAUGCCACUGACCUGGUGCCCCGCUUCUGUCUGACAUUAGCCAACCUGAACCGGGUGGUUUAUUUCAUCUGUGAUACCGUCCUGUGGGUGAAGAACGUUGGUCUCGCCUCUGGCAUCAACAAAGACAAGUGGCAGAUGUGGGCUGCCCGCCACUACUACUACUUCCUGCUGCUGAGCCUGGCCAGGGACCUGUAUGAAAUCUCCCUGCAAAUGGCCCAGGUGACACAUGAAAGGGCAAAGGGAGGGAAAUCAUCAUCUGGGGAUCCUCUUGGGCACAGUGUGGCUGAUGAGAUGGAAUGGCUCCAGUCCUUUCUUCUCCUAUUCCGAUCCCUGAAACGACAUCCUCCCUUGCUCCUCGACACAGUGAAGAAUUUCUGUGACAUCCUGAUCCCUUUGGACCAGCUGGGGAUCUACAAGACCAAUGCUGGCGUCAUUGGGUUCGGGGGUCUUGUGUCCUCGGUUGCAGGCAUCAUCACUGUGGUGUAUCCCCACAUGAAGCUGAAGACUUGCUAGGGCAGCUGCAGGCCAAGCUCCAGGGCCCGUUUUUUUGUUUUUUGUUUUUGUUUUUUUUGAGACAGGGUCUCACUGUAUAGUUGAGACUGACCU